AUCAUAUUCACCACACAAACAAUAUAAAGUAACGAGUGAUCAAGUGUACGUUUUGCAGCGAUUGUUGUACUUUUCUGAAUCAUUUUCGACCGAAAAUAUGGCAAACUACGGAGGAGAUAAGCAGUACGGACGUGAAACUCGCCACACCGGCGACUACGAGAGCCCAAUUCACUCCACCGGUGGUCAGUACGAACAGGAAGUUCUCCAAACCGACGAGUACGGCAACCCGGUUAGGAGAACCGGCCAAACCGACGAGUACGGCAACCCGGUUAGAAGAACUGACGAGUAUGGAAACCCUGUCCAUUCUACGACCGGUGGGACCAUGGGUGAUUAUGGUUCCACGGGGUUAGGUCAAGGAACAGGAACAGGAGGGAUUGGGACAGGUGGUUAUGGUACCACCGGUCACCAUGGGUUGGGAACUGGCGUAGGUCAUACCACCGGAGGUACAGGAACCGACUAUACCUCCGGUGGUCGUUCCACCGGACAGACCGGUUACCAAGGUUUAGGUACCGAGUCUGAGUUCGGUGGAAAAACUGGAACCUUCCAAAACCAACCCAGUGCCACACCUGUAGGCGGUGUUGGGUUGAGCUCAGGAACUGGGGCCGGUGUUGGAGGUACAGGAACUGGAACAGGCAUUCUGCAUCGUUCUGGAAGUAGCAGCUCAAGCUCGUCGGAGGAUGAUGGGCAAGGAGGAAGGAGGAAGAAGAAAGGUGUGAUGCAAAAGAUCAAAGAGAAGCUUCCCGGUGGUCACAGACAAGAGGAGCAGUAUCAGAGCCAGACGACUACUACUACGACGGGUGGCGGGGCGGGUUAUGGUGAAACCCACGAGAAGAAAGGGAUGAUGGAGAAGAUCAAAGAAAAGCUUCCGGGACAUCACUGAAGGAAUUGUGUGAGGCGUAUAUACACACACAGAAUAAAGAUAUAGAAAGAAUAAAAGUUUGCAUGGCUCCUGUUGUAUCACCCGUGUGUGUUGUGAUGGUAGAUCUAGUGUGUGCUUCUGUUUUAAUUUUCUUUUGUUUUGUAUGUGGUUUCACUGUGGUUGUUUUUCGAUAUGGUCAUGUGAAAUAUAUACCUAGCUUUGUUACAAAA